UUUUAAAAUAACUCAUUCCAUCUUGAUCUGUAUAGAAAUAUUCUAAGGGUUUCAAUAACAUUUUUGGGAUGUAAUCCAUUGUUCACGCAGGCAUCGUCUGAAAGCAGGUCCACAACUACGUUAUUUUUAUCUCACAUAUAGAUUUUCAUUGAAUUAUCAGUUACCGAUAAGGCUUACGCAUAUGCUUUUGUUGUCCAUCGAUCUCCCUUAAGCUGGAACAUGACAUUUAGGUUUAACACGAACAAAUUUACCAAGACAUGAAUUUAAUGACUUUUCCAUUAAAAAGGUGUUUGCCACUUGCUGCUCCACCUUGGAAGAAAGACAACGCCGAAAUGUAGUUUUAUCAUCCUAUCCUAAGAUUAUUGUAAAAGAAGAACAGAAUGAAUAGUAUGGCAAGUUUCUUAUGGUUUACCAUAGUCAUUGUUGGAAUACUGGUUUCAUCUCUGGCUAUGAUAAGCAUGGGAGCUGCCUGCUGGGACUACUGUGAUACUGUGCCAGUCAUCGCCCAAUAUUUGGUAAUAACAGGAUCGAUAUUCUUUUGCCUCCUGAUCUUACUGUUACUACUGACUUUUUGUAUCUGCACAUCCUCUGGGGAUCCAAAAAUAACAGGAACUCUCAAAAUUGUUGUAGGAGUGUGCGUUAGUGUCAUGUAUUUGCUUGUUAUCGCAGGUACUACUGUGCUUUUCGUUCAGUCAGAAGAAGAUAGGACUUGUAACAGAACUAGCACAAAAAAUGAAGACUUCUUCAAAGAACAAUUCAACACUACUGCUCCUCGCACCGCUGAUCCUUUUUGCACCAGCACACUUCCUAUAUUCAGUUAUAGUGUUCUCGUAGUUUUUCACGUACUUCUUUUCUUUUCGCUCCUUGUCACAUUUUAUGACAAUUCCAAAUAGCCUGAAAGCCAUUUGAGCCAAAACAAGGAAGCAAAAAGAACAUUUUUCUGUUUCAGGGAAUUUAUGAAUUCAUUAUUUCAUUUUUGUAACAUAACACAUUUUAAGAGAAUAAAGUUAUUUGUGAAAAU